CGCAAAUAACCCGCAUGAGCCUGCUACACAGUUCCUAGUACAGCGCCAUUAAUGAAUCAUUGACGGAUUUAAAAAUGAAUUCGUCACGAAAUUAUCACGUAAUCUAUAGCCCCAUCUAACGGAUAAUAUUCUCUGCGAUAAUAACUGCCAACCUACUUGUAUUUUAAUACAAUCAUACUCGACCAAUGAUUGUUAAAUUACUCACAGGCCGCAUCUGUAUAGAUUAGACUGUAACAAUAUAACACUGUCCGCAAUUCAAUUUUAUUUAUAUAAGUGAUUUACAAUGUGUUAGGUUUCGGCGAUGUUUGUAUGUGAUUCAUGUUACUUGUAAUUUGUAGUACGAAAAAACAAAAAUGUCAAGUGAAUAUGGAGCAUUAGAUGUGAAUGUGAAUUUGCCGAAGAGAGCAGUAAGUAACACUAUAGAGUUGCCACUGUUUUUGAAUAUGGUCGCAGUAUCAUUAAGCGGUGCUGCAUUAGGAAAUGUAAUUUUAUAUCGAUCGUGCGUCCACGCGCUGAAUUUUCCGGAAGAGGAAUGCCGGCCAUUUCUUUCACCGGUAAAAAAUAAUGAGACCAAUCAUUUAGAGGCCGAUGUUCAAAGAUAUGCCACAUUUGUAUCAACUGUUAAAAUGGUGUUGGAAGCCGUUGUACCGGCCUUCCUCUCGUUCUUCCUUGGUGCGUGGUCGGACACGUAUGGCAGGAAGCCUCUUAUGGUCUGGUCACUAUUAGGUUCAGCAAUAACGAGUAUGCUACUUGUUAUAUUUGGCUUGAUGGAUAACCUCGGUCCUUGGUGGUAUAUUGCGACAGUAAUACCAUUUUCUUUGACCGGUGGUUAUGUGGUUCUUUUCACGGGUGCGUAUUGUUACGUCAGUGAUACCAGUACCAGGGAGAACACAUCUUUAAGAAUGACAAUGGUGGACGCGACUGCAUCAUCGGGCAGCGUGAUUGGUUCCCUUUUAAGUUCUUAUUUGAUACUAUCUAUUGGAAACGUGUACCUUCUACUUUUGACGUCUACUUUGAACGUAUUCUCAUACGCAUUUACUAACAUCUAUAUAAAGGAGUCCUUAAAUGGUGCCUUACAGGGCGGAUCGUGGAGAGUGUUUGACCUGCUAUUAGUUAAGGACAUGUUUAGAGAAUGCUUUAAACGUCGUCCUGAUCACAAGAGAACGCAAAUUAUUUUAAUUUCAAUAACGAAAUUCCUCCUAAUAAUCGUGUUGUAUGGUACAAGCUCUUUAGAAUAUUUAUUUACAAGAACCCAAUUGCAUUGGUCAUUACAAGACUUUACUAAAUACUCAGCUCUAAGUACGUCGUUAUCUUUCGUCGGAGGAUUCUUCGGGAUAAUGGUUGUUCAGAAAAUUUUAGGAAUAGGAGAUAUUUCCUUCGCUAUAUUUGCGAUUCUUAGCACUAUAGCGGAAUAUGUCUUAAAGAUUUGUGCUAUAUCGUGGUGGUAUAUGUAUUUGGGUGCUCUAAUAUCCUUAUUUAAAGGACUGUCAAGCGCAUUAACACGUUCUUACAUAAGUAAAAUCCUGCCAUCAGAAGAUGUAGCAAAAAUAUUCGCACUGGUGUGUGGAUUUGAAGGUUUCGCACCACUUUUAGCGCCAUUGAUCUAUAACUCUUUAUAUGCAGCGACUCUGGCAACACUGCCCGGCGCCAUUUAUAUACUAAGCAGUAUAUUUUCGUUGGUCUGUGUCGUAAUGUUGGGAUUCGUACAAUACUAUUACUGGAGAGGAUCGGGAGCGAAUUAUCAACGUAUUAAUUCUGAUUAAAUGCUGAAGAUGACAUCAUAACGGUUUUGAUAAAUGAACAACAAAUAAAGUACUUCGCAUAAUUA